AUGCCUCAACACAAUAAGAAUACGACGACACAGACGUCGUUGUCGUCGUUGGUUGGAGGUCAACAACAACAACAACAACAGCAUCCACACGAUAAAUCACAACCUAUUCAAAUAAAACAAGGUCAACAACCAAAUAAGAGCAGUCAACAAUCGUUGUAUGUCAACGGUAAUUCAUUUUCAACGUUGGCCAACGUUGAUUCCGAUGACGACGAUCUAAUCAACAUGAGCAGUAGCAUCAAUAAUAACAACACGAAAAAGAAUGCAGCAUCAAGAAAAGCAGAGAAGAAGAAACAAAAAAAGAAAGAAAAGGAAGCACUCGUCAAGCAUCUGUCGGAGGAACAACAGAUGGAGGUCGAUGCACUCGCUGCCAUCUUCCAAGACGACUUUCUCUCGCUGCCAGCACCAUCAUUCUCGAACGAAACCUUCCGAUUCCAAAUCAUAGUACGUCCAUUCUUUGGUGACCUCGACGAAUCAACUCAAAACGAAUGUCACGUCGUCGUUUCGCUCACCUUUGGAUUCACAAGCUUAUAUCCAACAACACCUCCACACAUUCAAGUGAAUGUAGUAAAAGGUUUGCCUAAUAAAAAUGCAGAGGAAUUAGAAGAGUUAAUGAAUGAAGAAGCAAAUACAAAGUUGAACAAUCAGAUGAUCUUUGAUUUGUGUGGAUUCGCCAGGGAGUAUCUGGCGCAGCACAAUGAGAAACCAUCGGGAAAAUCUUUCCACGACCAGAUGGUUGAACAACAGCGUGAACAAGAGCGAAUCAAGAAGGCAGCGGCGGCAGCCAAUACACAGAGUAAGUUGGCAACCAGCUUUGAAGAGUCGGACAAGAAGAAUAGGGAGUGGCAAUCGACACUCGAGGACAACGCACUGCAAGAGGAGCGUAAGAACUUCCGUCUGCAAAAGUCAAUCGAACGUGCACAACUCGAGAAGGAGAAGAAGCGUGACAUUGUCAGUCAGUACACCAACAGCAAAGACAGCGACAAGUUCAUCGAUAAGCAACAGACGUUCAUACUCUACCUGUUGCGUAUACUCUGCCAAAACGAUCAGUCUGCAUCGAUCGAUCAGAUCCGCACACUCGGUACACAACUCGUACAACUCGGCGUCAUCCAACCGAACCAUUUACCACUGCUGAACAUGAGCAACACCAACUCGAAUCAAAUCUACCAACAGAUAUUCACAGAGUAUUUCUCAAAGGUGGUUAAUUCCUCUGUUGACAAACAAGAGAAACAACAACAGCAACAAUUGCAGCAACAGCAACAUGACAACUCGACUUCUUCUUACUCGUCAGUUGCUUCUACGAAUUUUGUGGAUAGAUUCUGGGUUGGUGAUGUCGGUGGUGGAAAAGUACGCGAACCUUCCACACCCAAUACCAAGUUUGAUGCGACCAACACCCAUGGUAAUGGCAUGAUUCCAACUAGUUACAAUCCAAAUGUUCAAACUUCGAGAUAUCAUGGUGAUUUCGAGGAGCUGCAGCUACUUGGACAGGGUGGAUUCGGUCAGGUCGUUAAAGUAAAGAAUCGUCUGGACGGUCGUUACUAUGCGAUCAAGAAGAUCAAGUUGGAUAGCGAUCAGAAUUUAAACAAGAGAAUAUUGCGUGAGGUAAUUACACUCUCGCAGUUGCAUCAUCAACAUGUAGUUCGUUAUUAUCAAGCAUGGAUCGAAGGUGCCGAAGGUCUCUAUUACUCAAAGCAGACCGCUGCUGCUACUGCUGCUGCCAACCAUAAUCACGACAGUGGUGAUCAUCUCUCUGAUUUCGAGAGUGAUGACGACGAUGACAAUUCAGACUCUGGUGACUCUGACUCCAACUCGGAUUCCGACGACUCUGACUCUAGUAGUGACGAUGGUGAUUUUGACCAAGACGACGAUGACUUCUCAGAGAAUAUCCUAUUCCCCAAGCAAUCACUCGAUUGCUUUGAUCUCACCGAUGAGAGUUACAGUUUUCUUCAUUCCGACUCUGGAUUCUUGGUGGAGAUGUUUGAUUUGAACAAGGGUGGAGCCACAAGUUUCACAACAAGCAGUUCCAAUCGUCGUGGUGGUCGAUCCAGUAGUUCCACUUCUAGCGGAUCCAGAAGCGAUCCACACCUCGGACGUGGUAAACUCAAUAAGAAUAAGAAUAAGAACAAGAAUAAGGGUAGUGCAAAUGGCAAGCGAAAUGUUACUGAACGAAGAACUAAAAAAUCAGCAUAUCUCUACAUUCAGAUGGAGUAUUGUCAAAAGAUUCUUCGUAAUCUGACAGAGAGUGGAAUCAGCACUGACGAUGACAUCUGGAAGCUGUUCCGUCAGAUCGUGGAGGGUAUUGCCUAUGUACACUCCCAAGGUAUCAUACAUCGUGAUCUCAAACCCAGUAAUAUUUUCUUUGACAGUUGUGGUGAUAUCAAGAUUGGUGAUUUCGGAUUGGCCAUUAGCAGCACCUCAAAGUCUGCGUCCACCACCAACGGCAACAGUGGUAGUAGCGACAACGUCAAUAUCAAUGUAAGCAACAGCAGUACCAGUUCAACUAAUUCCGUUGUCAACAAUAGUGCUGUAAACAACAAUGCCAGCACCAAACAACAGAAUUGGGAUGACCUCAAUCAAGAGAGUGAAUUCUCUUAUGACGCAGUCGACCAACACACAGCGCGUGUCGGUACACUGUUCUACUCGAGUCCCGAGCAGGAAUUUGGAACUAGUGAAGGUGACGGUGGAUACAACGACAAAGUCGACAUGUACAGUCUGGGAAUCGUUUUCUUUGAGAUGUGGUAUGUCUUUUCCACUGGACACGAGCGUGUUGCAGUGCUGAAAGAUCUACGAGAACGUGGCAUUUUCCCACCAGAUUUCGAGCGGAACCAUUCACGACAAGCAAAAAUCAUCCGUUGGUUGACUGAGCGCGAUCCAGUCAAGCGUCCAACCGCGCAGGAACUUUUGCAAUCCGAGUUGAUGCCACCCAAGAUGGAGGACGAGUACAUGAAGAAUGCGAUUCGUGUCAUUACCAACCCUACUACACAGUUCUAUCAACACUGUCUGAAAUCACUGUUCUCACCAUCGCACCAGCAUCUCCACUCACACAUCUAUCACCAACAACACAGUUCUGUUAGUUCAAGCAGUGUCAACCGAUUCACAACUCUCAGCAUUCUCGAUGAGCAGAGCAUCAGAGAGUCAGUCAACGACUUGGUCAUAUCGAUCUUCCGUAAGCACAAUUCCAACGUACUUCCUACACCUGUUAUGAGUAUCGUUAAGAAUUGGGAGAAUGAUGAAACACCACAAACAACAACAACAGCAAUAGGAUCAACUAAACAACCAAUUUCUACAGCCACUCAGAAAUCAUCUACAACCGCAGCUGCUACCGCUACAACAACAUCAAAAGUCAAUCAAAACAAAACUAGAUCGAGAUCGAUUGUUAUGGAUGAUAGUGGACAACUUUUUGAGAUGCGAUACGACUUAAGAAAUUCAUUUGCCGACUAUCUUGCACAACAGUUUGCAACCACCUACAAUCCAUAUGGCAAUAACAACUACAAUGCCAGCAACAUCACCGAUGAAGACGACGCCGAAUUACCAUCGUCCAGCAACAAAGAGUUACGAACUUUCGAUGACUUGAUGGAUUUCUUUUCAAAUUCCCCACUGAAGCGAUAUGAACUCGAUACAGUCUAUCGUCGUCCACACCUCGUUGGAAAGUCACCAAAGGAACUGUCCCAAUGUUGUUUCGAUAUUGUUGGAGCAUCAUCAUUGUUUGCUGAUGCCGAGGUCAUUAAAGUUGCGUGUGAGAUAUUCGAUUCACUGCCUUCACAGACCAACUAUAUGGUACGUCUCAAUCACACUGGUAUCGUUGAGCACAUGUGGCGUUACGUUGGUAUCACCGACCAGAAACUUCGCGAUGAAAUUGGAAUCAUUUUAUCACAGCUACUUCGCAACCCAUGGACAACCGUCAAGAAAGUGUUGUUGGAGCGACUCCAACUCACAGCCAAACAGGUGGAACGAUUGGCCAAUUGGAUUCUGGUGAAAGGAUCGCUACUGGAUGUAACGAAAAAGAUUGCCAACACAGCAUCGACUUCGAACAACGAUCAAUGUACACAACUCAAUGUCUAUCUCGAGGAGAUGCGUUCACUCUAUGGAUACCUCGAGCGACUUGGUGUCGUCAACAAGGUGUCGUUCGACCUUGGCUAUGUCUACUGCGAGAACUUCUACUCGGGAAUAACCUUCCAAGUGCUGAUUCGCGAGGAUAACACUCGAUUCGAGUGCACUGCUGUCGGUGGUCGUUACGAUCAGACCAUUGCCAAGCUGAUUCCUCAACACAAUCUGACACUGAGAAAAUCGGAUGAAGCACCGGCGGUGCCAGUGGUCGGACUGUCGAUCGCACUCGACAAGAUCUACUCAAAGGAGCGCGAGUAUCAACACUACCAACGUGAGCAAGUCGCCAUUCAAAUACACAGCAAUCAAUCGCCACUCGCUCGUUUCAGUCAACCCGAUAUCUUUAUUUGUUCGAUGGGUAGUGCCAAUCUCUUUGGUGAGAAAGUCAGCAUCGUCUCUGAUCUAUGGCAAGCUGGAUUCCGAGUGGAAACAGUGUAUCGCGAAGACACCUCUGCAGAGGAACAAACAGAGCUUGCACUCAACAGUGGUGCUCCCUAUGUCGUUGUACUCAAAGAGAAAGGCAACAAAAAGAUGAUCAAAGUCAAGAAUAUCGAAAAAAAGAAAGAAGACGAUAUAUCAAGAGAGGAUCUCGUUAAAUUCUUAUCGGGUAUAGUAACCAGAUCAAAAGUUAAAUCAAGUAGUAGAUUCGAUGAUUAA